AUGGCUUUUCUUGGGCUGGAAAGGGAUCAGCGCUCGGAUCGAUCCUCCUUGGAUCCAGGUGUGACGGCUGAGCAGAUGCACAGCUUGAUGGAUCUUCUGGGCGUAGCCAAGGAGGAGGAGCAGGAUGAAAACAGCAAACCACCCUCUGUGAAUCCAGCUGGCCGGACAGGCGGCAAGCCCAGCCAGGCUCCGCCGAACAUGAAGGUCGCUGUCAGAGAGCCCAAGAAGAAGGACAAGCAGGCCAUUUGGCUGCCAGAGGAGUUCAAGGCAGCAUCCGGCGUCGUCGUCAAAAAUGAUGGAGACGACCGUGCCAUUCCAAGAUACGAGGUGCUUCCGCGUCAAAGGCUCCAGGCAUCUGAUGCGUACCUCAACUUGCAGGACAUGGAUCCUUCCAGUGACAGGUGUCAGGAGCUGCUCAUUAAGAUUUGGCUCCCAGGAACACAGCUGAAGGAUAUCUCGCUGGACGUGCUGGAGGAUCGCAUCUUGCUGCAAGCUCCAAAGCACCAGCUCAACCUGGCAUUGCCCCAUCGAGUCAGAAAGGAUUCUGGAAAUGCCAAGUGGGACAAGCUUGCUGGGAUGCUCUCCGUCGUAGUGCCGGUGGACCAGAAGGCUGGUCACCCUCCUUACCCACCUUGUCCUACUCUAUCGAGGAGGGCGGAGGUGAAACAACUGCGGUAG